AUGUCACCCUACGACCAAAUAACAAAACAUCUCCGUUCCCUCCCUAUCCGCCUCCCCCAAACCCAACAAGAACGCCUAACCCUCGCCCUGGGCACAACAGCCGCCAUCGGCACCUCCCUCAUCCUCCCCGCACUCUACCGCGACUACCGCGUUUUUCGCUCCUACGGGCCCGGCGGCGUACCAAACAAUGUAUUCGGAUGGUUUAUCGUGCGCGCGCUAUUCCAGCCUUUUGCGGGCGAAAUGUUCGGGACGGAAAUAUAUGUUCAGCGGGUAGAUGCGCUUGAGGGACAUGGGGCUGGUGGGGAGGGUUUCUUAAAUCUUGCUCCGGAGCAGGCGCGUUCGGUUAAAGAGAGGCCGGUUGUUGGACCGCAUGUUGUGCCGCAGAGACAGUUGACACAGUUACCCGAGGAGGAAAUCAAGGAUAAACUCGAUGCUGCGUUCAGGGCAUUCGGCCAUAAGAAUUACCACCUUGUCAAAUUCCAGCGCUCGGGCCAGGAAGCGCAUGCUGAUGCGCUUUUCUUAUCGGAUCACCUCCCAGCUUCGGGAGUCGUGAAGGCAACAGAUGGCGAGUUGGCACAUUUACACUCGAGCGGCGAGUUCUCGGGGCAUUUGCUAUUGGCGCCUGCUGAUUGCAAGAGGGUUAUCGAGGCGGGUUGGGGCCAGCGACACGGCUUUUCGGGCCAAUCGGCCUUGUCUUUGCUGAGCUUUGGGACAAAGAAGGAUAUCCCUGCGGAGUUCCUGAUGAUCUAUGCGCCGCGAAAUGAUGCGGAGAUCCGUACAUUUAUGCAGAUUGUGGAAGCGGGUAUCAAGUAUUCGACUGGCAGGGAGGAUGUUCGUUGA